CAAACACGAGCGAGGGGUUGUUCUGCUCUCCCGCUGCUCCGUCAUUCAGGAAGUCAAGACCAACUGACAGCACUUCGAGAAGUCGCACCGAUAUCUUCAAAGUCGGACUAAACACUCCUGAAGUACGCAUCACCUUUUUUAUUUGUCUUCGCUUUUUUAACCGGGAUGACUUUCUCAAAAGGUGUUCUAUAUGUAAGCGCACACGGUGCGGGACAUGACCAUCUUGAGACGGUUGAAAGUUUGAGAUGGCUUCAAAGAGGGCUUGUUUUUGCAGACACACGAACAGUGUUAUUCCAGUCAUGAGGGAAGCUGACAAAACUGCAGUUCUGGGUUUACACUGAGGAGAGUGGAAAGGAGAGGGAGACCGAGGAUAGGCUAACACAUCCUCUCACACUUUUCCUACCGGUCUACCUGGCCAAUGCCGGGCCCAUCGUGGACAUCUGGCGGCGGUAGCAGCAGCGACAGCGUGUAUGCGGUUGUGGUGCCCGGCGCCUAGCCCAUGUCCAGACCAUGAUGCCGUCAUCCACACGGAAAGGAGUGCCAAAGGAUCCUGAGCUGGGCGACCUAUUCUUCAAAGAUGACCCAGAGGAUGUCUUCUGUGACCUACAUGAAAUCGGACAUGGCAGCUUUGGAGCUGUCUACUUUGCCCGUAACUCCUACUCCAACGAGGUGGUGGCCAUCAAAAAGAUGUCCUAUAAUGGAAAGCAGACCACUGAAAAGUGGCAGGACAUCAUCAAAGAAGUUAAGUUUUUGGGACAACUGCGACACCCAAACACAAUUGAGUACAAAGGCUGCUACUUGAAAGACAACACUGCCUGGCUGGUGAUGGAGUAUUGCCUGGGCUCCGCAUCAGAUUUAUUAGAGGUUCAUAAAAAACCACUCCAAGAAAUGGAAAUUGCUGCCAUUACCCACGGUGCCUUGCUAGGACUGGCUUACCUACAUUCCCAUAAUAUGAUUCACAGAGAUGUGAAAGCUGGUAACAUCCUGCUGACAGAGCUGGGUCAAGUCAAGCUGGCUGACUUUGGCUCUGCCUCCAUUGCCUCACCUGCCAACUCCUUUGUUGGAACACCUUACUGGAUGGCCCCAGAAGUGAUUUUAGCCAUGGACGAGGGUCAGUAUGAAGGCAAAGUGGACAUCUGGUCGCUGGGGAUCACCUGUAUUGAACUGGCGGAGCGUAAACCUCCCUUGUUCAACAUGAAUGCCAUGAGUGCCUUAUAUCACAUCGCACAGAACGACUCUCCCACGCUGCAGUCAAAUGAGUGGUCGGAUGCCUUCCGGAACUUUGUUGACUUCUGCCUACUGAAAAUUCCUCAGGACAGACCCUCGUCAGGGGAGCUGCUACGACAUGAGUUUGUGCGUCGGGAUCGAUCGCCGCGCAUUCUCAUUGACCUCAUCCAGAGGACCAAGGAUGCAGUGCGGGAGCUGGACAACCUGCAGUACCGCAAGAUGAAGAAGAUUCUCUAUCAGGAGAAGCACAAUGGGCCCAUGGGGGAAAGCCAAGAAGAGGAGGAGCAGGACAGCGAGGCAGCCAGCUGUAAGAUGAACAGUGUGGGCAGCAACCACUCCAUCCCCAGCACCUCAGUCAGCACAGGUAGCCAGAGCAGCAGCGUGAACAGCAUGCAGGAGGUGUUGGAUGACGGCUGCUCCGAUAUGACCAUGAUGCACCCCCAGGACUACAGCAGCACGUUGGAGUCCUCUGCACACACCAAAAAGGACCAUCAAUAUAACUGGGAUGAUGGGAUCCACAGAGACCAUCGGCCGGAGCCAAGGCAUGCCUCCUCUGACAAAAGCAGCCAGGCCUCGAACUACAAGAGCAAAACCGGCUUUGCCACCAUCAAGUCUGCUUCACUUGUGACCAAACAGAUCCACGAGCAUGAGCAGGAGAGUGAACUGCGGGAGCAGAUGUCAGGGUACAAGCGCAUGCGACGGCAGCACCAGAAGCAGCUCAUUGCCCUGGAGAACAAGCUGAAGGCCGAGAUGGAUGAGCACCGGCUUAAACUGCAGAAGGAGGUGGAGACGCAGGCCAACAAUGCCUACAUCGAGCUGGAGAAGCUGGCAAAACGCCACGCAGUGCAAACUGAGAAGGAGAUGAAGACAGCACUCGCAGACGAGAAGAAGUUCCAGCAGCAGAUCGUGGCCCAGCAGAAAAAAGAGCUCACCACUUUUCUGGAUAAUCAGAAGAAGCAGUACAAACUCUGCAAGGAGAAGAUUAAGGAGGAGAUGAAUGAGGACCACAGCACACCCAAGAAGGAGAAGCAGGAGCGUUUGUCCAAGCACAAGGAGAACAUGCAACAUUCCCAGGCUGAGGAGGAGGCCCAUCUUCUGGCCCAGCAGAGGGUUUUCUAUGAAAGGAACUGCCGCGCCUUUAAGCGCAAAGUCAUGAUUAAAAGACACGAUGUGGAGCAGGAACAGAUCCGUGAGGAGUUAAAUAAGAAGAAGACCCAAAAGGAGAUGGAGCACGCUAUGCUGAUCCGCCACGAUGAGUCCACCCAGGAACUAGAGCAGCGGCAGCUGAAGACCCUCCAGAAGCUGCGGAUGGACCUGAUCCGCCUGCAGCACCAGACAGAGCUGGAGAACCAGAUUGAAUACAACAACAGACGGGAGCGAGAACUCCACCGCAAACAUGUGUUGGAGCUCCGGCAGCAGCCCAAGAACCUCAAAGUUUUGGAGCUUCAGAUCAAGAAGCAGUUCCAGGACACAUGUAAGGUGCAGACCAAGCAGUACAAGGCCCUACGCCACCACCAGAUGGAAGUUACGCCCAAGGCUGAGCACAAGACGGUGCUCAAGGCCCUGAAGGACGAGCAGACACGCAAGUUGGCCAUCCUGGCUGAGCAGUACGAGCAGAGCAUCAAUGAGAUGAUGGCCUCACAGGCGCUGCGUCUGGACGAGGCCCAGGAAGCCGAGUGCCAGGCCCUGAGGCAGCAGCUGCAGCAGGAGAUGGAGCUGCUCAAUGCCUACCAGAGCAAGAUCAAGAUGCAGACCGAAGCGCAGCACGAGCGCGAGCAGCAGAAGCUCGAGCAGAAGGUGUCGCUGCGCCGGGCUCACUUGGAACAAAAGAUCGAAGAGGAGCUGGGUUCCCUUCAGAAGGAGCGAACCGACCGGAUUAAGCACCUGCUGGAUCGCCAGGAGCGGGAGAUUGACAGCUUCGACAUGGAGAGCAUGCGGCAGGGCUUUGGCAACCUGGGUACGUUAGACUUUCCCAAGGACGAUUACAGAUGAGGAGUCGUGCCGUCGUUAAGCCCCUCGACGUCCUUCUGCCUCAGAACAUCCGUCCUCUCCUUUUACCUGACUUGGCCUGACAGUGCAGGUUUUUUCUGCUGCUGACACUCUCAUCCGAACACAUAGACGUAUUAAGAAAUAGCUCCAGAUUCGGAGAGCCAGUGUGUUUUCAUGGCCGGCCAAAUGAAGUUGACGGCAGGUUUUAGACACCCAAAACCCAUCUAAACUUCCUCCCCCUCCUUGCCUCUUGUGGUGUCACAAGAUAACGGAAGAAGCUAGAUAAAUUCUUGUAGUUGUCACGUUUUUUGUAAUGAUAACGAUAACAUAGUCAGUGUUUCUUGUUCCCUGUGCAAUGAUGACACUUUUAGUGUGACCUAAAAGUGGAAAUCAAGAGGAGGGAGAGAAUAAUGAGGGUAAUUCCACAAGCGACAUUGCUCUACAAAGAUGCAUAUAUGCAGAAGUGAUUUCUUAUCUAAAGCUGUGCAAAAAAAAACAAAUCUUUUAAAGCGAUAAAUGAAACGACUGAUCCUUCCGCAGCUCGUCGUCUUUGCUGCUUCUUUGAACAUUUUUUGGGAAUUAUUCAUCAGGACGUUUUUAGGACAAAUUUUGAGUAAUUUGAUACUUUGAGAGAUGAUUAUCAUAAUGUACAUACAGGUGCACAGAUCAUACAUGGUACUCCUUCAGGUGAAUUGAUUACUGAAGGUAGACUGGAUUAUGGUACUCUCUGUGUGUAUCGUAGUGAUUUUACUGCACUGGCAGCCAAUGUGAAGUACAGAAAAAUACAUGUGACCUGUAUAGUCCCAGCUAGUACAAAGGGCUUCAAUGGGAGGCAGGGCGGUCUUGUACUUUGUGUAUAGAUGGAUUUAUGGAGAGCUUUUACUUAUUUUCAUAUUGUAUUUUAACUGUCACACCAAUCCAAAAAUAAUUUUUAAAAACGCUUUUUCUUUUUUUCUUCUGGCCCCACUUUUACAGAUAAUAUUUGAAGUCUUAUCAUUAAUUAAUGGAAAUUUCUUUUUACUCCCCUUUUUGCUUUACAUAAUUCUCAAGCUGUGUAUUUUCUUAUAAACCAGACCAGUAUGAUGCUUUAUUAAUGCAUGCACUUUAUUUUUUUUCAGGUUUCAAGAAAGCAUGAAUUUGUCAGAGCUUUUAAUUAUAUUUGUAAAUAAAGUGCUCAUCACACAAAGUAAA